AUGGCGCCCUUCUCGAGAUCACCCGUGAUGCAGCACAUUGACCGCAAGUCGCUCUACACGAGCCUCGAGGCGCGCAUCCGGUACCUGCACUCGUUCCUCGACUUUGGCGCCAACGAUGUCGAGGCCCUCACGUCGGGCAGCAAGUACAUCCAGGCGCUGAUCCCCGCCGUGGUCAACAUCGUGUACAAGAAGCUGCUGCAGUACGACAUCACGGCGCGGGCCUUCCAGACGCGCAGCACGGCGUUCGAGGGCCCCAUGGACGACGUGCCCGACGAGGACAGCCCCCAGAUCCUGCACCGCAAGAUGUUCCUCCGCGCAUACCUUAAGAAGCUGUGCACGGAUCCCACGCAGAUGGAGUUCUGGGAGUACCUGGACAAGGUUGGCAUGAUGCACACGGGCAUCGGCAGGACUUACCCGCUGCACAUCGAGUACAUCCACAUCGGCGCCGGGCUUGCGGUGAUCCAGGACGUGCUGACCGAGGCCAUCCUGUCGCACCCGCGCCUGCACCUGGCGCGCAAGAUCGCGCUCGUCAAGGCGCUCGGCAAGGUCAUAUGGAUCCAGAACGACCUGUUCACCAAGUGGUAUGUACACGAUGGUGAGGAGUUCACGGACGGCAUGGACUUUGGCGUUAUCGAGAAGGAGGGCUGGCUGCACGGCAAGAAGGUCCUCGACGACGAGGCGGCGACCGCCACUGCCAGCGAGUCCGAGGCCAGCGACGACACGGCCACGGGCUCCCCUGCCGCUCGCGAGAGCAAGAGCAGCGGCGCGCUAGCCAAGGGCGUCUGCCCGUUCACCGGCAUGGCGGCGUCGAUGGGGGAUCUGAAGGUUUCUGACGACAAGGGUGGCGGUGCGCCGCCUAAGGCUGAGACUGCUAGAGCUAGCGAGUGA